CCGGCAGCGCCCGGCGCUGUAGGAGCCCCUGCACGCCUCGCCUCUUUGCAAACUUCCUUCUCGCCUCCUUUUUUUUUCCCAGCGCCCCAGAAAGGCCGUUCCGCCCCGCGAGGGAAACGGAGCCGUUGACCAUGGUUGCGACGGGCAGCGUGAGCACUAAGAACCCGGCCAGCAUCUCGGAGCUGCUGGGCCGCGGCGGCCACCCCGGGAGCCUGCUGAGCGAUUUUGACUACUGGGAUUAUGUCGUUCCUGAACCCAACCUUAACGAGGUAAUAUUUGAGGAGACGACUUGCCAGAAUUUGGUUAAAAUGCUGGAGAACUGUCUGUCCAAAUCCAAGCAAACGAAACUUGGUUGCUCAAAGGUCCUCGUCCCCGAUAAACUGACCCAGAGGAUUGCUCAGGAUGUCCUACGGCUGUCCUCCACGGAGCCCUGCGGCCUGCGAGGUUGUGUUCUCCACGUGAACUUGGAAAUCGAAAAUGUGUGUAAAAAGCUGGAUAGGAUCGUGUGCGAUUCUAGCGUGGUGCCUACUUUUGAGCUGACGCUUGUGUUCAAGCAGGAGAACUGCUCGUGGCCUAGCUUGAGGGACUUUUUCUUUAGUAGAGGUCGCUUCUCAUCCGGCCUCAGGCGAACUCUGAUUCUCAGCUCAGGAUUUCGACUUGUUAAGAAAAAACUUUACUCACUAAUUGGAACCACAGUCAUUGAAGAGUGCUAAAAACAAAAAAUUUAAAAAGAUCCUUCCAUGAUUGGGUAAUAAAACAAAGCAGCUAGUCGAUUAAACUGAUCCGUAGCUUUCCCCAUGUGCCCUCAGUAAGAAACCCAAAUGUGGCCCAUCUUUGUGUUUCACAUUUAUGGCAACUACAGCUAACGGGCUGACAUUGUGGCCUUGGAGAAAUGACCCAGGAGAGUGUCCAUUUUCUGCAUAUAUCAUGUUUUUUUACAGAAU